AUGCCAGAAACAAUAACAAAAGUUGUUGCAAACUCUAAAUGCAUCGAAAAUGAAUUAGUUGCUAACAUUCCUGAUGCUUCAAAAUAAGCUACCGAAUUGAAAUCAAUAUCGAAUGAGGAAAAGCUCAGCGAUUAAACAAGUUAUAUAAAAGAACAAUAGAAUUUUGAUAAAAGAACAUGGGAUAAUAAGAAAGACUUCAUUUAUCUAUAAUACUCAGACUCUAUGUCUUUCGUAAACAUAAUUAUAAGUCUCUUGUUAUGGGCUUUUCUGUACUUUGCAAUUUCAUAGGCUAUUGGUAAAGUUUUAGGAUGGAUCCUUUUUGGAGUUUGCUAUAUUAUUUAUUUAAUAGAAUGCACUAACUGCUCUAUUUUUAGAAGCAUACUAAACAGAAAGCAUGAAUCUGAACAUGUAGAAGCAUACAUUAGCUCAUUUUUAAAUUUAACUCCUAUGAUUGCAUUUGCUGUUAAUAAAUUGGUAGCAGUAUAAUAAGAGAAAAGCUAAGAAAACAAAUAACAACAAAAUGAUAUUGAAUCUUAAAAUGUAUAUGAAUUACAAAUCUAAAAUAAGUCAAACUCAAAUAAUUAAGAAAAUUAAUAAAGUAUUUAAUUCUAGUAAGAAAGCAUCCAUUUUGAGUUUGAAAAAGUCAACUAUGAAUUAAUUAAUAUUAAUGAUUUAAUGGGUAAAUAUAACUCAUUUAAAUUAAGAAUUAACUCUAUAACAAAAAUAUCUGACGAAUAUUCAUAAAAUUUAUGGUCUAAAAAGAAAGAAUAAUUUAAACAAGAGCAAGAGUAGAUUAAAGGAACUAAAAUAAUAAGUACAAUUUAAUAUACUGAUUUCAAUAAUUAAAAGUACUUGCUAUACAUCAAAUCUUCCUUUAUUUACCACAUUUUUGUUCUAACUUAUUCUUUCUUAUCUCUAAUUGGUCUCUCUAUUCUUUUUAGAAUAUUUUAUAAUGUUUCAGUUCCUACAAUUUAAGCUUAGCUUGAAAAGAAGCUUACUUGUUGA